AUGAAAUAUCCAUAUGAAUUCUAACAAUAAGAUGUACCUUUAUUAGAAAUGGCAUUGGCUAUUCUAAUGUUGGGUAGUUUUAUGAAUGAUCUACUUUUGAUUUUGAUUUAUAAUGUUUAGAUAGAUUUGACUGAGAAAUCUUAGAUGAUUUUUUCAACAGCAUUCAUAAUCCUAUUUAUGAUUAAAUGCCAAAAAAUGAGACUUACUAUAUAUCUAUUGAUACCAGCUUAUAUCACUUUGAUAAUAUCAAAAUAUUCAUCUCAUUAAUCAUACAUAAUGGUAUUUAUAUGCUUAAUGUUUUAAAUUGGCUAUAUAUUUUUAGUAAUGGUAAUGCCAUAAUAUAAAUAUCCUAAACCAAGUGGGAAAUAUUUAAUAGGAUUUAAGGAAAUAAAAUUAAAGAAUGGAGAUAUGGUUUCUAUAUAUUAUCCAACUCUUUAGAAAUCUAAAAUUAGAUCCAUAAAUUCUUGUAGAAAUAGAGAUUAUAUCAAAUAAGUUUACAAUGAUUUUUAACAUGUAAUGCAUUGGAGACCUCCUAUUAUGUUUAUUUAUUGGAUGUUAGGAUUCUUAAAUAAAGUGAAAGUAGAAGAUAUUGAAGUUGAUUCACCUAUUAUUGAAGGUAAAUUACCAACAAUUGUCUUUUCAAAUGGAUUAGGAGGUUUGAAAGAUCAUUAUUCUGUAUUUUAUAAGGAAUGGGCAAGCAAUGGAUAUCAAGUAUAUUCUAUAUAACAAGAAGAAGUAACAAUAAUUUUAAAUGAAAAAGAGAUUCAUCAAUAUAAAACUGGAGAAGCUACUUUAGAGAAUUAAUUAGGAUAAUAGAUUUUAAAUAAAGUAAAAAUGAUUAGACAUUAAUAAUUAAAUGACAGAGUUAUUAAAUAUCAAUCAUUAUUGGAUUAUGUAUAUUAAUAAUAGAAUGUUGAUUUAAAUAAGAUAAUUGGUGCAGGUCAUUCCUUUGGAGCUGCAACAGUUCAUCGUACAGCAUAAAUAGAUAAAAGAAUAACUGCAGGUAUUAUAUUAUUUGAUCCAUGGUUUUUACCAUUCUCAGAAGAUACUUUAAAUAUUAAAUUAUCAGUGCCUUUAUUGAGUGUUAAUAGUGAGACAUUUAGAUUACGAAAAGAGAAUGAAACUCCACAAAGAUACAGUAUUGUUUUUAAUGCACAAUCAAAAAAAUUAGUGAUUAUGAUCAAAGGGUCAUAACAUUUAUGCACAACUGAUUUAGUUUAUAAGAUGCCCUUUGAAUUAAAGAUGUUUACCAAAUUAAACAAUCUUAAUAAAAUUUUAUAAAUCACUAUUGCCCAUUUAAGAUUAUCUUAAUAUUUUAUAGAAUCCUUGUCACCUCAGAAGACUUUAACUAAAUUUGAAGAAUUUAGUAAAGAAUCUUUCAGAUAACCAAUACAUGAGAUUGAAUAUAAAUGA